CGGGACUUCUCAUCGAAAUCAGCUAAUCAUACCAGCCACUCGGCAAUGUGGGAGGCACUAUGGAGGCAGUCAGCAUCGCCCCGGUUGAGAAGGUGAUUUCUUCAUGCAGCGAGUGCAGACGCAGAAAGGCAAAAUGUGAUCGAGGAAAUCCCUGCACCAAUUGCGAAAAGUCUGGACGUGUUUGCUCGUUCGAAAAGGUCUCCCGAACUCCGCUCACGCGCAAGCAUCUAGACCACGUCGAGAAGGAGCUCCAAAGGGCGAAGAGUCUUCUGCGACAAUAUGAGCGUCAGAACAACAAUUCCGUAUCGGAAGAUCAGAGUCAGAUCCUCAAUGUUUCGGAAGUCCAACCUGCCAAUGUCUCUCAAGUGGGUGAUAUCGUCCACCCACCUGAAGGGUCUCAACCGGCUAUUUCAGCCAUGGAGUCCUCCGAUAGCACAAUCUAUCAGCCUACGAGCAGCGCUACCCUAGGCGUUAACGACAGCAGGAACGUUGCUCCCCGCGCGAGUCAUGCUAACGGUAACGGUAACAGUACCCGGCCAGGGAGUCCGACAUUCUCUUUCGAACCCUCGCCAGUCACCGGAGACUUCGACUGGGAUGAGCGUGUUCAAAAAGUCAAUCAAGCACAUUUCAUUGACGGCAUGGCGAGUUUGCCAGAAAGGUCGACCAGGGGUUACAUGGGCGUUGCUUCUGGAGCCGCCUUACUAAGGCUCACUGAUGGCCAUGAUGAAACGGACAUGCAUUUGGAGAACGAUCAACAGGGCUACAGCAUGCCAAACACUCCGCCGUUGCUACCGGCAAUAUUCUCCUUGUCUCAACUUGAGCCUUUUAUCGAUGCUUAUUUCCAGACAUACCACGUCUCUUAUCCCAUCGUCCAUGAGGCCACUUUCCGAGCGCAAUUUAUGGAAGUCGUCCCGAGACCCAAAGGCAAUGCUUGGCCGGUCUUGUUGCAUAUCAUUGCAGCUUUGGGCUCGUUCGCCGCUUCAGAGACCGCACCCGAAGUUGAUGUUGCGCUAUUCGAGGCAGCGAAAGCACGGAUGUCAAUAGACAUGUUGGAAACAGGCAAUAUUGUUCUAGUACAGGCUUUGACGCUCAUAUCAAACUACGUACAGAAGAGGAACAAGCCAAAUUCUGGUUACAACUAUCUUGGACUCGCCAAGCGGAUGGCAAUGGGAAUUGGCCUGCACAAGGAAUUUCCUGCCUGGCAGUCGAAACCUAUGAGACUGGAAAUCAGGCGCCGAGUAUAUUGGUGUCUUUACGUAUUCGACGUUGGUGCUACAAUCACAUUUUCGAGACCCUUAGACUUGCCACAAGAAGGGAUUGAGAUCCAGUUACCUCUCAAUGUCGCAGACAGCGAUAUUACAGUCAACACCAAGACUUACCCGGCAGAAGCAUCGGAGACCACCCUAUACACACAUGUGAGAUGCCAGGCUCGAUUCCAUCUCGCUACCUCAUCCAUAUAUGCGAGGCUCAUUUCAAGUCGGUUUCCCACAGCUGAGGAAAUGCUACAAGCGGAUGACACCCACCUUGCAAGAUGGUUACAGGACAUACCAUCAUACUUCCGUGAGGGCGUAACCGUGGCACCCAAGUACCGAUUAUCCCACUCGACAUUGCAAUGGAGAUGGCGCAACUUCCGCAUGUUGAUGUAUCGUCCAUUCUUGAUGAGAAAAUUCAUGACCAAGAGACGUACCACAGCACUUCCCACCUCAUCUUCAGAUGAACAGGCUAUUCAACGAUGCCUCGAGUCUGCCGCCGAGUCAAUCAAUCUGAUCACAAACUACUGGCAAUAUGGGACACAAAACGUCCUUGCUUGUUGGUAUGGCUUAUAUUUCCUAUUUCAGGCAACGUUAAUACCUGUGGUCUGCCUUCGAAACGAACCACAAUCGCCUUUUGCCGCAGACUGGCGCAAUCAAAUCUCCCAAGCUCUUCAAACGAUCUCAAGUAUGACACGGUUGAACUCCACGGCAGCACGGUGCCACGAGGUAGUCAUGAAACUCUGUGGUGCAUACUUGGCCCAAGACAUGACUAUAUGGGAAUCGCCCACAAGUGAGAGUCCGUUUACCCAGCUCAAUGCAUUGAACUCCUUCAUGUGGCCAAUGGCGGAUCCGCAACUCUCCACUGGCUAUGAUCUCGCAUUUCUGGACUCUGUGCCGUUCGACUUCGUGAACCAAUUCCCAUCGAUGUGAACGAUAAACUCGCCACUCUAUGGUAGAGUGU